AUGAAAGAGUACGGAAUACCGGAGCACAAGAUAUUCAGCUCAAGAGAUAUUAUGUUUAAAUACCGGAUAAUGGCGCUCACGAAGGGAAAGGGGGUGGAUCUGGUGCUCAACUCACUGGCCGGUGAAAAACUGGACGCUAGUUAUGAAUGCGUGGGAAAUGGUGGUCGGUUUGUGGAGCUUGGAAAGUACGACCUGGUGCUUAACAAACAACUGGGUAUGUUUGACUUCCUGAGGGACGUUAGCUUUAUAGGCGUUGCCGUCGAUAUGUGUCUUAUGGAGCGCCAGGACUUUGCGCAGGACUUCUUCCGAUGGAUGCAUAAUAACUGUACGAAUGGUUGUGUGAAACCCAUUAACACAACUGUAUUUAAGGCUACCGAAGCUGAAAAGGCUUUCCGAUACAUGACCACCGGUAAGCAUAUCGGGAAAGUCAUACUUAGGGUCAGAGAUGAGGAACAGGUGAAGAGUGCCAUAACUGCCAUUAAAUCAGCACCGGAUCUAACGGUCACCACAAAAACAUACUUCAAUCCAAACAAAGUAUACAUAAUUACUGGUGGUUUGGGUGGAUGUGGUCUGGAGUUAGUCCAUUGGAUGCUAUAUAUGGGCGCCAAACGACUUGUGCUAACCUCCCGCUCAGGUGUGGUCACCGACUAUCAGAAGUAUAUUAUUAAGAGAUUAGAGUAUUUCGGAGAACACUAUAAAGUAUUCGGGGCUAAAAUCAUGGUCUCGACCGCUGACUGCCAGACAAUUGACGGCACAAAACAAUUGUUAACCGAAGCCCAGGGGUUGGGACCCAUUGGAGGGGUAUUUCAUUUGGCACUCGUUUUGAACGAUUGUCUUCUGGAGAACCAAACGGUCGAUAAGUUUUGCGAAGCGAUUCAUACAAAGCAUAAGAUUUUCGCAAAUUUGGAUCAAAUGAGUCGACAAUUGGAUUAUAAAUUAGAUUAUUUUGUUGUCUUUUCGUCGAUAACGUGUGGCAAAGGAAAUGGAGGUCAGUCUCAGUACGCGUUUGGGAACUCUAUGUGUGAACGCAUUUGCGAAGAGAGGCGUAGGGAUGGUCUGCAUGGACUGGCCGUACAGUACGGACCCAUCGGUGAUGUGGGAGUGUUCACAGACGCCGACCAAUUGAUACAAAUGACAAACUUUCAGAAACAGCGGAUCCACUCGUGUUGCGAUGUUUUGGACAAAUUGUUGGCAAUUAAUACACCGAUUGUCACGUCAUUUGUGAGGGCUGAACGGGCCGUCCAAACCGGUGGGACUCGUCAAAAGCGAAUGGUUAAGGAGUUAUGGCGUGCGCUGGGCAUAGACCCGGACACCACCCCCGAUCACCUAACCCUGGGUGAGAUCGGAAUGGAGUCGAUGUUUGCGGUGGAGUUACAGCAGGAACUGGAGAGGGAGUGGAACAUCAAGAUGUCUAUAAAUCACGUCAAGAAUAUAACCAUCAAAAUGUUGAAGGACUACGAGGCCGGACGGGUAGAGAAUAUCAAGCGCUACGUGGACGACGUCAAGGUAGCCCGUGCCAAGUUGGCCAAGUACCGAUUUGUCAUACCCAAGGACCAGACCACUCGAGUUAACAACGUUAUGGAGGGAAAGCCGGUCUACUUUAUGCCUACAUUUGACGGCGGGUUUCGUGCGUUUGAAGAAUUUGGCAAAAAGAUCGAUCGCCCGGUGAUUGGACUCAACUGGACCCGUGAUCUGGAUAAUUUCCACACGCUAAAGGAAUAUGGUAAAUAUUUCAUCAGGCUACUUGAACAGUUGGAGCCACAGGGUAACUAUGAUGUGGUGGGCUAUUUCGAUGGGGCGAUGAUCGGCACCAAACUGUUACGAAAGGCCGGCAUCUCGAAGGCUGUAAUACUAGACGUGUUGUCUGAGUCCCGGUUUAACGAGGACUAUGUGACCGACGAGUAUAUCCUGGACUUCAUAUUCGAGUUCAUAUCUUAUGAGAUACCCGAGUCGUUUAGGGAGAAAAUCAGGCGUGAUAUGAAGAAUGAGCAAGGUAUCGACAACCGUAUUCGUAGGGCGUGCUCAGAGAUACGAGAGUUUGCCGGCAAAGGACUGGUGGCCACGGAUUUGGAGGAUAUUAUUAAGAAUGCGUUCAAAAGGGCUAAACUGUUGUCCACUCAUAGGGUGGAGAAAAAGAAAAAUAUGUCGAAAUUGAAGCUAAAUAUUGCCAGAAAGUGGGCUAAAAGGACGGGUAAACUCGUUGUCAUUAAGCCCCUGGAGUUCGUCCAGAUUCAGGACGAACACGAGUUUUUAAGUAAAGCGCGUGAACUGUAUUUCCUGCCAGAUAACCCUGCUCAUGAUAAUGAUGACAAUUGUGCCAUUGAUUUCGUUAAAGUCGAUGAAUGUCCGUUUGCAGUGGCGUCCGAAAAGAUUGGACAAAAAGUGCUGGAUGCUCUUAAUGAUUGA